GACGCCGUUCCUGUCGCCAGCAGGCACACCCUCGUUCAAUGCCCAGAGUUUUGCGAGCCACCCGGCCACACCCCUGGUGCAGCAGGCAAGCCAGGCAGGCACGGACAAUGCGUUUAGCCCACUGACCUCGCCAGCAUUGCUGCCCCAACCAGCAACUGGUCGUGGGAUGGACGCACAUAUAACUCACCACCAGCUGGCAACCAGCCAGGCAGGCGCUCAUAGCAUGCGGUCAGCCGCCGAUAUGGCGUCGAAUGCCGCCGCCGUCGCCGUCGAUUACCGCCGAACAUAUUCUGCGGCGGCAGCAGCAAAUCAUGCUGGAGCAGCAGGCAUUGCUGCAGUCGCCGUCGUUUCCGUCGGUCACUGGCGGUAGCUCGCAGGUUACGCGGAUAGCAGGCGGGGUGAGGCGCGGCUCGCAGCACCAUCCGUAUCGCGUGGCGGGCGGAUACAAGAAUAGUGUGGCUCGGUCGCCGCUGGUCACGCAGUUUGCGGGCGACGCGACCACCCCGACACAAUUGACCUUUACGCCUGUCCUAGCCGCAGGCAGCACCGAAAAAGACGAGUUUUUGCUUGAGCCGUUGCCUGACGCAGCUCUGGUGUCAGCAGCCGUGGCCUCCCUGCACACCACUCCAGUGAUGCAGUUCUCCGCAGGAGGCCAUGGCGAUCCAGGAUCCGGAUUAAGCCUGCCGGCCGCUAUGGCCGGGGAUUCACUAGCGAUGAAUCCGGCGGGUCCGCACGUUGCACCAGCUCAAUGUGGCACAGCCACAGAGGCAGAAUUCCGUGGCCAUGGCCGCAUCGGCCUUGUCGAGUAUGCUUGGGGCCGAGUCGGGUGCGGUGGCGGCAUCGCAGCUCGGGUCGUGGAUGGGCUCGCAGAAUGUCUCCAGUGUGUCGGCUGCUCCGGCGACUGCCACGCCAGCAUCACUGAUGAACCUGCCAGGUCUCUGCCCACCACCUGCCGCAUCACCACCACCGGCGACAUUGUUGCCUCAGCCAGCACGCAGCCCACAGCAGUACUAGCAGCAGCAAUGACAGUCACGAUGCCCAGCUCGACCUAGUAGCUGUGCCGGCAAGCCUAGCCAGCAUCCCUCAGGCAACGCCCUUGAUGCAGUUUGUUUCGCAGUCGGCGCCCGGCGGCGAGUUCGUCCACCCGCCGGCCCCGCCACCGCUGCAGAUCGGCAAGU